GUCGAUGAAGGUCGACAGACAACACAUCAACACAUUGUGCAAGUGUCCGAGCACAGCAGAAAGCAGGUCGUUGUUGCGUCUCUCCAGUUCGCCUCCAGACAUGUAUCUUGUGCGUUUGUGUGCUUCAACCAGCAGACGUUUGGUUUUUAAGAAUCUGUCCGUGGAGUCCGUCCUCACAGGAUGUUCACGGAUGGCCAGUGGAGCAGUCGAGGACAAGAAACCGCUGAAGAAAGCUAAAACCCCACAGGGACGGUUUGACAGCCUUGACGACAAGAGCAAAGAUGUUCUGGAAAAGUUUCCUGAUGAUGUGAAUCCUGUGACCAAAGAGAAAGGGGGUCCUCGGGGUCCAGAGCCCACCCGCUAUGGAGACUGGGAGAGAAAGGGCCGCUGUGUUGACUUCUAGUUCAUUCCCUGUAAAUGUGAUAUGUUCCACCUAUAUUAUGUCUGUGUAGACAGAUGUACUUGUUGAGGCUGUUUUGGCUUUGAAGUCAAAUCUCUUUUUUUUUUAAGUUUUUCAAUCAGAAGGUUAACAUGAGGCAGAGAUACAAACUGUAACUGUGUUAAUACUCACAGGGAGCUUGGUGAAUGUUUAGCUUCAAUUUUGGACAGCAGUGUAACAUGUCCAUUUCAACUUGUUUUUUUUCCAUAAAUGUUUCUUUAUGGGCCAUGCUGACUUUGUUGUCCCUACCUCAACUGUAGACAGAGAAAGAAGGACUUGUGCUAUAUGUGACAUAUAUUGAUGCAACUUUCAUGGUAUUUUGUUACAUAUGUAUGGCUGCAGAGUAACAAGGGAGUACCCGUAAGUUUCCAGUUGCAGGGCAAAAAAUUGCUUCAUCCAUACUGUGCAGUUUUCCCUGACAGACACCACACCUACAGCUAGACAAAGAUGUUUGUUCUGGCUAAUUGAUCUGCAAAAUGAUGAAAGCACUUCUCUCAGAUGUCACACUGUUUUUAUUGUGGCUUUUUAACCUCAAGCUAAUUAUUCAACACAAUUGUCGUGUUUUGUCUCAGCUGCCAUUGCAAGUUUAGAUCAUAAUGAUUGAUGACAACAGAUGCUGGUGUUUCUUGCUGGUGAGACACAUAUUGUUGUCUGUAAAAUUGUGUUUUACAUUUUGUGAUCUCUUUUCUCUACCGUGCAGAGAGCCAUCUAGUCUUCCUGGCCGCGCUCUUUUCUUGACGUGCACAGCAUCGUCAGCAUCUGUUUUCUAAGCCUAUCACUGUUGUGGUGGUCUGCACUCACUCUCUGCAGCAAUAGAUUUCAUACUCAGUCAGCUGUGGAAAGCGGUGGGUACAGGAACACCAUCAGCUUCCCAGCAUACAUUAUUAAAAUGCUUGUGAAAUGACAA